ACUCAACAUCAUAUACACAGUCGUAAACACGAUGAAGAUUUCAUCCAACCAUUAUUACUAUUUUGCAACACUUGCUAUACUCUUGAUCGUGCCAUCCGAUGCACAACUAUCUUCGACUUUCUACGACGAUACAUGCCCCAAUGCUCUGAGUACAAUCCGGGCCUCCAUCAGGCAGGCCGUGAACAACGAGCAGAGGAUGGCGGCCUCCCUUAUUCGCCUCCACUUCCACGAUUGCUUCGUUCAGGGGUGUGACGCAUCAAUCCUAUUGGAAAAUGGCAGCGGAGAAAGAGCUGCAUCGCUGAAUGCCAAUUCUAUUAGAGGUUUCGAAGUGGUGGAAGCCGCGAAGCAGGCAGUGGAGGCGAUAUGCCCCGGUGUAGUGUCGUGCGCGGACGUGCUGGCAAUGGCUGCGCGUGAUGCAACGGUGGCGGUUGGAGGGCCGUCGUGGACAGUGAAGCUAGGGAGGAGGGAUUCCCCCGCUGCCGCCACCAGAGCGCUUGCUGAAAACGAUCUUCCUUGCGUCACCGAUCGUCUCCAAACCCUCAUUGCCAAAUUUGCGAAAAAAAACUUAAACGAAAGCGAUAUGCUUGCUUUGUCAGGGUCUCGUACGAUUGGGCAGGCGCGAUGUGUGACAUUCCGGGAUCGGAUCUACGGCAAAGGCAACGAGCGCAUCGACCCGGAAUUUGCGAUGGCGCGGCGGCGCAACUGCCCAGAAAGCGGCGGCGACGAAAAUCUGGUGCCGUUGGAUGAGGUGACCCCGAACGGAUUUGACAACAAUUACUUUAGGAAUCUGUAUAAUAUGAGAGGUCUGCUGGAAUCGGAUCAAGUUCUAUUCAGCAGAGUAUUGACCGACAGCAUUGUGCUGGAAUACAUCGACAAUCCUGACAGAUUCUAUUCGGAUUUCGCCGCAGCCAUGAUCAAAAUGGGAGAUAUCGAACCAUUAACUGGUGGAGCUGGGUUAAUUAGAAGGACAUGUGCUUCCAAUAAUUAACACAUUUCAAAAUUCACUGUUUUCGAAUAAUUUCUUGUUAUACACCGUGUGCUGUAAAUCUUGUUUGUUUUGUCAAAGUGUAUUAUCAGUUUUUCAAUCAUACGUUGUCUUUACUUUCGUAGAAUUAUACUGUCUCCGUUUCAUAAUACUAUAGUCAUUUCGCCAUUUUGGUUGUUCUAUAGUAAUUGAGUCAUUUUUCUUUUUA